AUGUCUGGUCGCUUUGUCCGCUCGUCGAAAUAUCCUGUCAAUUGGGAGGCCGGUGGCGGCGGUGCGUUCGCAGUCAUCCCUCUUGAAGAGCGAGGAAAACUUCCUGAGAAAAUUCCCUUGUUCCGCGGCCACACUGCAGCGGUGCUCGAUACCGAUUGGAAUCCCUUCAAUGAUUCUUUGAUUGCAUCCGGUUCCGAUGACGGCAAGAUCUUCCUUUGGCGUGUGCCGGACAACUUCACCAUUCGUCCCGAUGUUGAUUCCGACGAAAUUCAGGAUGUCGCGCCUGUUGGAAAGCUAAGCGGCCACCCGAAGAAAGUUGGACACGUCUUAUUCAACCCCGCAGCCGAGAACGUGCUCGCGACAGCCUCUGGUGAUUUCACGAUAAAGAUUUGGGAUAUUGAAGCCGGUGCUUCGAAAUAUACUCUCAAGUUGGGUGAUGUUGUGCAAUCUCAGUCAUGGAGUGCCAAUGGAUCUCUUCUGGUCACAACGUCCCGUGACAAGAAGCUGCGGUUGUGGGAUGUUCGCCAAGAGCGCCCUGCUCAUGAGACUGCUGGACAUUCUGGAGCCAAGAACAGUCGAGCUGUGUGGAUGGGCGAACACGACCGGAUCGUCACCACCGGUUUUUCUAAGAUGAGUGAUCGUCAGCUCGCUCUAUGGGACGUCCGAGCGGUACGUGAGCCCAUCAACGGAUUCAAGACGCUCGACUCGAUAUCGGGUGUAUGUGUUCCGUUCUGGGACGAGGGCACUCAAUGCCUCUAUUUGGCGGGUAAAGGCGACGGUAACAUUCGCUACUUUGAGUAUGAGAACGACAAAUUCGAGUUUCUUUCUGAGUAUAAAUCUGGCGAUCCUCAGCGUGGGCUUGCUUUCAUGCCCAAACGCGGUGUUAACAUCCACCAGAACGAAGUGGUCCGAAUCUACAAAUCGGUCUCAGAUUCAUACAUCGAGCCGAUAUCUUUCAUUGUCCCCCGUCGUUCUGAAGUGUUCCAAGACGAUAUCUAUCCUCCUACGACUGGUCUGAAGCCUGCUAUGAGCUCCGCUGAUUGGCAAGACGGCAAAGAGGCUAUUCCUCCCAAGAUCUCUCUGGAGAGUCUCUACAAUGGCACCGGUCUGAAAGAGGUGACUCCAACUCAAGACAAGCCAACAGCUACGGUGACCGCAGCAGCGCCGAAACCCGCUGAACCUGUUAAGGCAGCAGUCCCAGAGCCCGUCCGUGCUGAGCCUACUCCUGUUGUGCGACCUGCACCUUCCAUGAAAGAACAAGGUGCCUCCAUGGCCGCGAUGAUUGACAAAUUCGCAGACGAUGACAAGGAAGAGGAAGUUGACGACACAUCUAGCUUUGAAGAGAUUACUAAGCCUGUAGAACGGGUGGCAGCUCCGCCAACUGUUAAAGUAGUGCCACCUCCAGCUAAAGAUAACGAAGCCACGACACCUGUAGCUUCAACGCCAUCUACUUUUACCCCUACAACGACGGUCGAGAAAUCCCCAGUUCCUUCCAGCACCGUGCAAGAUGACAUUGCUGAAAUCAAGGCAUUAAUCGCGCAGCAAACCAAGACCAUUGCAUCUCAGGCCGAACAAAUGCAAACCCUUACCGCGGAGAUAGAGUCGUUGAAAUCCAAGCUCGACAACUAG